AUGCGGGAGCUAAUGAAGUGCCCAAACACCAAUAAUUACACUAUCAGAAGUAACUCCGGUUGGAAAGUAAAUGAAGUUUGGAAGAAAAACACUGAACAGAAAGUUGAAACUCAGGGUGAUGAUGUGAUUGAUUGUGUUAACAUGAAUAAUCAACUUGCAUCCAACCAUGGUCCUAUAGUUGAUAAUACUAAAGAUUUAAAGUACGCUGUAGUCCAAAGUUAUGGUCGCUUAUUUGGAGCAAGUGCAACGUUUACGGUAUGGAAACCUGAAGUCGAGCCUAAUGAAUUUAGUUUAGCUCAAAUAUGGAUUACUUCGGGAAAUGGUUCAAACACAAAUACCAUUGAAGUCGGAUGGAUAGCAGAUAAUUACAAUACUACAGGUUGUUAUGACCAUGAUUGCGUUGGAUUUGUACAAAUUGAUUUCAGAAUUCAACCUGGUCAACCCAUUUUUCCUUCCACUCUUGGAGGGCAAUUAACUUUCCUAACAAUUAUGGUCUACAAGGAUGGUGUGAAUGGACACUGGUGGCUAGAGGUAAAUGGUAUUCUCAUAGGAUAUUUUCCUAAGAAUCUCUUCAUUUCAUUGAGUGAAUAUGCUGAAAGAGUGGAUUUUGGUGGAGAGAUUCUUAAUAAAGAAAAUGAAGGUCACCACACAACUACUCAAAUGGGAAAUGGACUAUAUGCCCAUGAAAAUGGAACAAGUACUGUAUCUGAAAUUAGAGUUUAUGACCAAUACAGAAAUCCAGUUGAAGAAAGGCAUGAAAUUUUGAUCACAGCUGCUCAGUGUUAUGGUGCACUUAUUUUCAGUAAUGCUAUAUUUUAUGGAGGACCCGGUUAUUCUGCAAUCUGUCCUUAA